AGCUUGGCCCUGACAUGCUGGUUUGCUCAGUGGGCCACUCUGGAGGGGAGUCGUCAUGCUCAGCUCCACCCUCCAGCCUCCCAAUGUGUGUCUCAGUAGGGGCGGGGACACGGCGAAGAGGAAGAGGCUGAAAGGGGAAGCAGCAGCAAGGGGAGACAGGCGCUGCCUGCGAGCAGAGGGUCUGCGGUCAGUGUCUGGAGCCAGGAUGGACGCCAGGGCAGGGCCCCCAGAGAUGACAGCUCCUCCAUGCAGAGUAGCCGAGGCCCCCGGGUGUCCCCACUCCACACCACACCGCGGCCUUUUGGGCAGAGCCAGCACGGUUCUGGGGCUGCUGGCCGUGCUGGGGCUGGGCAUUGUGACUAUCACCCAUCUCCUGGUGCAAGUGUCCCCUCCUUCUGCCUGCUGCCAGCUACACUCCAAGGAAGAGCCCCUAGGGUCCUGGGAGGCCCUGGGUAGGGAGACCCAGCCACAGAAGGACUCCUGCCAACUCAUCCUUGCUGAGAGCUUCCCCCAGGACCUGCCGUAUGCUGCUGGCAGCCCCUUAGCCCAGUCCCUGGCCCAGGCCUGGCUGCAGCUUCUGGAUACCGCGCAGGAAAGCGUCCACGUGGCUUCCUACUACUGGUCCCUCACAGGGUCUGACAUCGGGGUCAACGACUCAUCCUCUCAGCCUGGCGAGGUCCUUCUGCAGAAGAUGCAGCAGCUGCUGACUAGGAAUGUCUCAGUGGCUGUGGCCACCAGUGGCUCAGCACCAGCCAGGAACUCCACUGACCUUCAGGUGCUGGUGGCCCACGGUGCCCAGGUCCGGUGGGUGCCCAUGCAGCAGCUCACUGGGGGCAUCCUGCACUCCAAGUUCUGGGUUGUGGAUGGGCGGCAUAUCUAUGUGGGCAGCGCCAACAUGGACUGGCGGUCACUGACACAGGUAAAGGAACUGGGUGCCAUCAUCUACAACUGCAGCAGCCUGGCCCAGGACCUGGAGAAAACCUUUCAGACAUACUGGGUGCUGGGAGCGCCCCAUGCCAUCCUCCCCAAGAUCUGGCCUCAGAACUUCUCAACCCACAUCAAUCGCUUCUGGCCCUUCCGAGGCCUUUUCGAUGGGAUGCCCACCACUGCCUACUUCUCGGCUUCACCGCCUGCGCUCUGUCCUCAUGGCCGCACCCAGGACCUGGACUCAGUGCUGGCAGUGAUGGAGGAUGCGCGGGAGUUCCUCUAUGUCGCUGUGAUGGAGUACUUCCCCACCACGCGCUUUCGCCGCCCCGCCAGGUACUGGCCCGUGCUGGACAAUGCACUGAGGGCAGCAGCCUUUGGGCAAGGUGUGCGUGUGCGCCUGCUGGUCAGCUGCUGGCUACACACUGACCCCACUAUGUUCCCGUACUUGCGGUCACUCCAGGCCUUCAGCAACCCCUCAGCCGGUGUCUCAGUGGAUGUGAAAGUGUUCAUCGUGCCCAUAGGGAAUCACUCUAACAUCCCGUUCAGCCGGGUGAGCCACAGCAAGUACGUGGUCACAGAGAAGACAGCCUACAUAGGCACCUCCAACUGGUCAGAAGACUACUUCAGCAGCACCUCAGGGGUGGGCCUGGUGCUCCACCAACGGGCUCCCCAAGGCCGGCUAGGGCCGCCUCCUGUGCAGGAGCAGCUGCGGCAGCUCUUCGAGCGAGACUGGCAUUCCCGCUAUGCCGUGGGCCUGGAUGGACACACCCUGGGCCAGGACUGUGUGUGGCAGGGCUGAGGCGCAGCCCUGGCCUUGGCCCGCAGCCCUUAGUAGAUGCUGGUGCCCACUGGCACUGGCUCAGGCACAGAGCUGUGAGAGCAAAACAGCUUUGCUCAGGCCCGAGAACCGUGACGGGGCCCAGGUCAGGGGGUGAGGUGGUGGGUCGGACCCGGCCCGCCCAGAUCCUGCGUUCUGCUUCUGAGCUCGGCAAUCGCUCAGGUCACAUGUGACUCAGUGGGCCUGGGGAUGCCCUGCAGUGUGACAGUGUGGGAGGGGCUCGGCACUUCACUGGGCCCCACUGGACCCCUCGAUCACCCACAGUGGCAUUGUCCCAAGUGUAGCGCUUUGGGUCGUGGUGACCUCUGUGCAGCUGCAGCCCUAAUAAGAGAAGCUUUUGGCCUGUGGCCUGGCCCAGGUUGGGUCAGCACCCGCAGUCGUUUCCUUGCCCCAGUCAUACAUGCACACGCCUGUCUGCCUCCAGGCUGACCACUCUUUACAGAGGUCGGCAAGCUUCAGCCCUCCUUCCCUGUCCAGCUGGGGUCCUGCAGCUGCCUCCUGCCCUGCUCCUCCUGGGUCCCAACUGCUCAAGCCUCUUGAUCCAGACACAGGCCCAAAGCUCUCCCUCUUAGGGAGCCCUUGGGACACCCCAGCUCUGAAGUCCUCGAGCUGCAAUCUGGGCCUACAAGAGAGGCUGCCCUCUGUGAGUCCAGCAGGAACUAACUGUCCAUGACCACUUGAACUGAGGAAAGCCAGCUACAAGCUCACUAAGCCUCACCCAUUCCAGCCUUCAAGACAUGGAGCAGGUGGAUGGGUGGCACCAGCACCCACCUGCAGGGCACCUACCCUCCAGGCUCGUGUCCUGAACACAGAAUUUCGGUUCAUACAUGAAGGUGAAGGGUGCAAGGACCAACUUCACUCACACAGCUCCCACUCAGGGAAGGAGUGCAAAGCUUCAUCUGUUGUGGAGGCUGUGGGUGGGGCCGUGGGUGGAACUAGGGGGUGGGCAUGGUCUGUGUGGGUGUUGGUGAGUGACCUCCAGCUGUGGGCAGGGCCAUGGGUGGGUCUGAAUAAGUGGGCAUGGUGUACAUUUGCAGGGCUCAGUUUGUGGG